CCCUCCAUCCCUGCUGCUCCCAGACUCUCUAUAUACCCCCACACACUGAUCCUGGAACAGCAGCAGAUCCACUCUUCUCUCUGCACCGCUCCACCGUAGUGCACCCCGGACGCGUUCUUCCUCUCCAGUUCAGGAUGGACUCGUCUCCUUCCCUUCACCUUUAACACUGACCGUGACGCUGCUGCAGUUUGGUGGGAGUUCUUCUGGAAAAGGGCUGAAGCUGCCUGUCCACUUAUUUUGUAUCAAACUCCACACAGCGGGCUCCGAAAUGGGAAUGUAUCUACAUCUGCUGUUUUUGCAGUACUAUUUCGUAACGAGUUCGGUUUGCAACGCCGUUGCUUUCGUGGAGGAGCCCUCUGGAGGCAGGUCGGACGGGUACUGCGGGCGGAUCCUCCGGGCACAGACCCAGGGGACCCGGAAGGAUGGGCACCAUGAGUUCAGGCUCCGAGUUGAGGGGGACCCGGAGUCCUACCUGCCUAGCAGCACCUACAGAGUGGAGCUCCUGGCGACCAGCCCAUCUUAUUUCAGAGGAUUCACCCUCAUCGCUCUGAAGGAGGGCAGAGAGGGCACCACAGACGAUGACUACACUGGCCAGUUCCAGAACAUUGAUGAGGAGGACACGCAGUUCAUGACCAACUGUCCCCCUGCAGUGACGGAGAGCACUCCUCGCAGACGCACCAGGAUACAGGUCUUUUGGACGGCACCUCCUACUGGGUCUGGCUGUGUUAUACUGAAGGCCAGUAUUGUUCAGAAGAAAGUCAUUUAUUUCCAGGAUGAAGGCUCUCUCACUAUCCGACUGUGUGAGAAAGAGCGUGUGUUCGGUGAAGCCACAGAAACUCCUGCUAUAGAGUGCUGCGCCUGUGGAACAGCCAAGUACAGACUGACCUUCUUCGGCAACUGGUCGGAGAAAGUACAUCCCAAAGACUACCCAAGACGAGCCAACCACUGGUCGGCUCUGAUUGGUGCGUCUCACUCAAAAAGCUACGUGCUGUGGGAGUAUGGAGGCUACGCCAGCGAGGGCGUCCGUCAGGUCGCUGAGUUCGGCUCCCCCAUCAAGAUGGAAGAGCAGAUUCGACAGAAGGGAGAUGAAGUACUGACUGUCAUUAAAACUAAGGCUCAGUGGCCGGCAUGGCAGCCGCUCAACCUGCGAGCAGCUCCAUCAGCAGAGUUUUCUGUGGACCGGACCCGACACCUCAUGUCUUUCCUCACCAUGCUGGGACCCAGCCCAGACUGGAACGUGGGGCUGUCAGGAGAAGACCUCUGCACCAAGGAGUGUGGCUGGGUCCAGAGGCUUGAGACAGACCUCAUACCCUGGGACGCAGGCACUGACAAUGGUGUCACAUAUGAGUCACCAAACAAGCCCACAAUUCCUCAAGAGAAAAUCCGACCAUUGACCAGUUUGGACCACCCCCAGAGCCCGUUCUACGAUCCUGAGGGAGGAGCCAUUACCCCUGUCGCCAAGCUGGUGGUGGAACGCAUCGCUAGAAAAGGAGAGCAGUGUAAUGUGGUCCCAGACACAAUAGAUGACAUCGUAGCUGAUAUUGGACAGGAGGAGAAGGAAGAAGAUGACACACCGGAGACAUGCAUCUACUCAGGCUGGUCUCCCUGGUCGGCUUGUAGCAGUUCGACGUGUGAAAAAGGCCGCAGGAUGAGGCAAAGGAUGCUGAAGGCCCAGCUGGACCUCUCUGUGCCGUGUCCCCAUACUCAAGAUUUCCAGCCCUGCAUGGGCCCAGGAUGCAGUAUGGAGGAGCCAUCGACGUGUAUGAUGUCGGAGUGGAUCAGCUGGUCGGCCUGCAGUGUGUCCUGUGGGAUGGGGAUGAGGUCCAGAGAGCGAUAUGUCAAACAGUAUCCUGAGGACGGCUCCAACUGCCGGCUCCAGACUGAGGAGACGGAGAAGUGUGUUGUCAACGAUGAAUGCUCACCAAGCAGCUGUGUGGUGACUGAGUGGGCGGAGUGGGACCCCUGCAGCGUCACCUGUGGCCUGGGCAUGAGAAGACGUGAGCGCAUGGUGAAGAUGCCUCCUAUAGAUGGGUCCAUGUGUAAGACGGAGGUCGCCGAAGUGGAGAAAUGCAUGAUGCCUGAAUGCCACAGCUUCCCCUGCAUGCUGUCCCCCUGGUCUGACUGGACUGAGUGCAGUGUGACAUGUGGGCGGGGCUUGCGCACACGCCAGAGGAUGCUGAAGUCUGACCCUGCAGAGUGCACAGAGGAGCUGGAGCAGACCGAAAAGUGCAUGUUGCCCGAGUGCCCCGUGGACUGCAUGGUCUCGGAGUGGUCCGAGUGGUCCGAGUGCAACAAGUCCUGCGGUAAAGGCCACACCAUUCGAACCCGUAUGAUCAAACUGGAGCCGCAGUUAGGAGGCAGCCCUUGUCCCGAGACCAUCCAGAGGAAGAAGUGCAAGAUCAGGAAGUGCCAAUCAAAAACAAAGGAGGAGAGGGGGGGUAGAGGUGGAGGAGGAGGAGGAGGAGGUAGAAUGAGGCGACGGGGUAAACAGGGAAGAGAUGGAGCGGUUGAGGAGCAGCCAGGUUGCAGAAUGCAGCCGUGGACCAGCUGGACGGACUGUACCAAACCAUGUGGAGGGGGGAUCCAGGAGCGAUUCAUGAUGGUGAAAAAAAGAGCUAAAGCCACUCAGACUGGCAGCUGUAAGGACAGGAAGGAGAUCCGGGCAUGUAACGUUCAUCCCUGCUAGGGAGCACUACUGAGCCACAGAGGAGGAGAUACGUAAAUUUGAAAAUAUGGGUUAAUUUGAUAAAAAUGUUGAUCAGAACCUUUGGUGUACAGAGAGGUGAGGUGAGUGUGCGAUGAUAGGCUGGUUUGACACUUUGGAAACGGGAUAUAAGACUAGGUAAGUAGAGGAAAAAGGAGCAGAAGAGAAAAAGGAGAAAGUACUGUUUAGUGAAGCCAUUAUAGACAUUUAGUUAACAGGGCUGGCAUUUAUUUGAGAACACAAUGGAAGUAUUAAAGAGUAAACUCUGUGUCCUGCAAAAAAAUUAAGGAAGAAAUGACAACAGUAGCUUUGCCAUUGAUGCACGCAUUUUUUUUCUGCCGUAUUUUUAGUCGUUUUUUUCUUUGGGGUAUGAAAUAGGGUUGGGAUCCUGGUGUUUCCCGAAACUUCUAGCCAAAAUCAACUUCCGGGAAUCUGAAAUGUUUUGCAUGUGUCUGCUUUGUGCUAAUAUACGGACACAACAAUUCCUUCUCCACACUAUUUCAAUGAUACAAUGCUAGCUAGUCGUAGCUAUAGUCUCCCCUAAAAUUACUUUACUACAAUAAUAAAACUGGGUUAGCUUUUUCAGAAUCUUAUUCAUGCUGAAAUGCCAAGCUGCUUCUUUUUAGAACAUUUAGAAAAGAGAAUACUAGGCUGUAUAGGGAAAACAGUCAAACGGUUCAACUUAGUUAAUGUUUAGGAUGGAGGCUUUCAGAGGCGUAGUGUGCCAUAUAUCUUCCCAUCUCUGAAAAAGGGGAUCUAUCAUAGCCUAUAUCUACCUAAAAGAGGGAUAUGUACAUCUUCUAGAGUAGGACUGCAGGCAAUCGUGUUUGAAUCAUUCAUACAUCUGUGACGUUUAACGUACACAACAAUAAUUUGUUUCCACACUCACACAAGACACAAGUGACCCCUUAAAGCAGCACUAGGCGCAGUCUUAACAGGAAACAAUACCUACAUUAAGAAGUCCAAUAUGUUGUUUUUGUCCUAAGAAAGUUCAAGCAAUAAAUGUGAACAUAAAGUCAUCUCUCUCAAAGAAACCAGUGAAGCAAGUCUCUAACUUGUGAUGUCGUAAAUCAUAAAGUCCAUAGACAUUGGGUUAGGGUUAUGGAAACCAGGAGACUGAUUUUGUCGAUAUAAACAAAUCCUAAUGAUGUAAAAAAUGUGAAAAUGGACAUAAUUCCCCUUUAACGACAAAAUUACACCAAAAAGAGGACAUGACUUAGGAGCUACAUGAAAUCAAUUAUUUCAGUUAAAACAACAACAAGUAUAAAGCCAAUAAAACAAGGCAUAAUAACAAAUCAACGGUAAAAACAUGAUAACAUUGACAAGGGUUUCUAGCUACAGGGAAGAGAUCGAUGAGACAGCAACUCAAAAAAGUUAAUUCAAAAAUAAAAAUACAAUUCAAAAGUUAAGCCAUGCAUUUAGGGCAAUUAAGUAAAGAUGCAUAAGUAUUAUAAGCAAAAUGUACUUAAAUUAUCAAGAGAAUUGAAAUGUAUUUAACUAUCAAUAUAAAUCACAGGUAGUCUUGUAAAAUAGGUCAGGGUUAGGGUUAACCUUAAGAGUAAAAAUCCCAGUAAAUCAAAGUUAAAUCAAGGAAUAACUUCAAACCGUAAAUGGGAUAUUUUGAGUUGCCCAAUGUCACUUAAUUUAAAACUAAACUGAAGAUGUAGGAUCUUUUUUUUGCAAGACAUAGAUGCUCACACAGGAAGUCUCUCAAGCCUGAAGGAUGCGCUCUAUAUCGACUAUCUAAACCACACUCAUAAAUGACACAUCUAUGUAAGUACUAAAAAACACUUUCCCUAAUAAACGGAUACAUUACAUUGAGAUUUUUUAUACUGUUUGAAUUAGUCUUUAUAUACUGUACUGCUGUUUAUCUGUUGGUCAGCUGAUGUAGCAUUAAACCUGCGAUAGCUUUCACUCUGUCAGAAGAAGUUUUUUCAGCGUGUGCAUAGAUAAUUAUGUUGGGUAUUUUUUCCGCAAAUGUCUUGAAACAGAUAAAUGACUGUAUCUGCCUUUGUUGGUUCCUGAAAACACGAGUAGACUGUUACAACACACUUUAUUUUCCUGUGCGCUCUCAUUCGUGUUGCCAUGAUGGUGAGCUGUCACAUUGUUUUUCAUUAUUAUUUAGCAGAUAAUGUUUUUUUCAGUUUUAAUAAGAAUGUCAUAACCAAAGUUUUAUUUUCUGUAGACGUUUUUUUAGUCUUCACUCUUUUCUGUUUUCAAGCCUUUUUUGUUUAUUUCCUUGCCUCUGUAUCAUGACUAUUUUCUAAGAAACCACCUUUACAAUAAAAAAAUGUAAAAGUGAA